AUGAGACAAGAGAAGACAGUGGACGGAGUUUCGGGCCCUACAGAAGUAACACAGCAUGAUGGUGACAACUUAUAUGGGCCUUGGAUCCAAGUGCCACAACGCUCACGACCGGCCUAUGGAAAACGCUAUACAGGAACGGAUAAGCCUCAUAUAGCUCACAACCAAUCCAUGUCUACAGGCUUGGGAUCUCGUUUUGAUAUCUUGCACAGAGAAAGUCUGAAUGAACCUAACUACACCUUCGAAUUCGGGUCAUCCUCAGCCAGUAAACCAAGGGAAGAAAGAGCAAUGCCAAACAAGAGCGGCGGAGGUAAGGGCGAGAAAGAAUGGCGACUGUUUUCGGGGAAGGGGAAAAACCAAGGAAGGGCAACAACGUUUAAUACGAGAGCGGUUGCACCGAGCGGAUUUGAGGACAUAGCUGAACCACGAACGACCUCAGAGAAAUCUAGUACCAAGGGGACCUUAUUCGGCGGCGGGUGGCUGGUGGCGGUGAGAGGGGGCGUCGGUCGUGAAAGAAGGGUGUUUGGUAAGCAUGAGCGGCCGAUCCUUAGCCUCUUCGUCAUCGUCCAAGUCGUCGUCGUCAGUAGACACGAUUCCUCCCGAACCCUACUCGCGGACGAGGAACAAGCCGUCAACGCCCUGACCCUCGUCCUGACUGUGCCCGACCCGGCCAGCAUCCCCCCCAUCUUCCGCUCCAACUCCCUCACCCCCGAGUUGCAUUUGCAUCGCCGAGUCUACACCGAAGCCAUCUCCAAACUCAGGGACUCCAACGACCCCGACUCCAUCCGGACCCUUAUCCGGGACUCCAUGGAGCAGCUCAGCAGCUGCAAAUCCGAAAACCUGAUCUCGCACUUCAUCGUCCUCUACGGUCGGGGCGGCCUGGUCGGAGACGCCGUCGACCUGUUUGACCGGAUGCCGGCCAUGGGCAUGAGCCGCAACGUGAAGACUCAACUCGUUGCUCUAUUCCUGCCUCCUGGCCCGUGA